AUGGCGAAUCUAAUUUUAUUUUUUGUAGUGAUAUCAGCAUGGAACUUCACAGAAUCUGCAAGGAUUUUAGGUGUUUUUCCAACACCUUCAAUAAGCCAUCAGGUUGUAUUUCGUCCAAUUAUGCACGCUCUUGCAAAGCGGGGACAUGACGUAGUAGUAAUAACCCCAGACCCUGCUUUCCCAAAAGGUAAAGCUCCGCCAAAUCUUACUGAAAUUGACGUACGCAACGAAUCAUAUAUUCAUAUAGACAAACUGCUCUCAGUGAACAGAGGGAGGAAGAAUGAUUUUAUAACACAAUUUACAAAAAUCCUAGAAGGUAUGCCAAUUAUAUUUGAAAGUCAGUUACAAGUACCAGAAGUGCAAAAGAUAUUAAAAGAUGAAAGAGACUCUUUUGAUUUAGUGUUCAUAGAAUCCUGUGUAAGAGCGGCGUUAGCAAUAAGUCACGUGAUUAAAGCACCCGUCAUUCAAAUAAGCUCAUUAGGAAUUUCAACACCGCAGUAUGCUUUAGCUGGUGCUCCAAUACAGCCUUUUGUAUAUCCAUCACCAAUUCAACAACGCAUUUAUAACUUAUCGUUACUUGAAAAACUUAAGGAACUUCUGUCGUUUCAAAAGAUAAUUAGACAUAUUUAUGCGACUGAUCAUUUGGACUAUAACUUGGCGAAAAAAUAUUUUGGAGAUAUUCCACAGUUUGAAGAGCUGUUUACGAACACGAAAAUGUUAUUUAUUAAUGAACAUCCUCUAUGGGCUGACAAUCGACCGGUGCCACCAAAUAUUCUGUACAUUGGAGGAGUACAUGAAGUACCGGAAAAACCUCUGCCUAAUCCUCUAAAAACAUAUUUAGAUUCAUCGAAGAAUGGGGUCAUUUUUAUAAGUUUUGGAACUAACGUGAGGGCGAAUAUGCUGUGUCCUGAAAAAAUCAAGGUCAUGGUAAAUGUGUUAUCGAAAUUACAAUACGACGUUCUCUGGAAAUGGGAUAAUGAGACUUUAAUAAACAAAUCUGAAAAUAUAGUAAUAUCCAAAUGGUUUCCCCAAUCGGACCUUCUGAGACAUCCUAAAGUGAAAUUAUUCAUCACCCAAGGAGGUUUGCAAUCAACCGAUGAAGCCAUAAAUGCUGCCGUACCACUCCUAGGUGUGCCAAUGUUAGCUGACCAAUGGUACAAUGUGGAAAAGUAUGUUCGUCACAGAAUAGGAGUCCAAAUAGACUUUGAGACUCUCACGCAUGACGAAUUCAAAAAUGCCAUAGUUACUGUAAUAAAUGAUUCAAGUUACAAGGAAAAUAUAAUUCGCCUUCGGUCAAUGAUGCGUGAUCAACCCAUGAAGCCGUUGGAUCAAGCUAUUUACUGGACAGAGCACAUUUUGAAACACGGCGGUGACCAUCUUCAGCCACCCAACUUUGGUGUCUAUGGAAUUUAUGAAUAUUACGAAGUUCCAUUAGUUUUAACUAUUUUCUUUUGUUUAUUUAUUGUUGUAGGUUUAUUUGUUUGGAUUUUAGUUAUCUUAUUGAGGUUUUUAAGAAAACUAACAUUCGGUAAAGUAAAGACGAGUUAG